AUGACUGUAAUCCGACGAUGUGGGAGUCAAAAGUCAAAUAAUCGAAUUCAUAGACAUCACAGCGUUUUACAGCACAAAUUGAAAAAUGAUCUGGUUGAUUCUGAUGGUGGGUUGUUAGCUGUUGAAACAAAUGACGAAGAAACUCUGAAGUCUAUAAUUUCGAAAACAAAGCAGAUACUGAGGAGUGAAGUUAAAGAUAUUUACCUGAAAGAUUGGACAUUAUUAGAAAUUGCUAUCAUGCUCGGCCAUCGUCAGUGUGCCGAAAUAUUGUUGCAGAAUGGAGCAGCUGUGAAUGUCGAAGACUGUCCUAUGGAACGCCGUUUGCAACAAAUUCGGGAGCGUUCUCAACUUUUAGCUGAUAAAAUUCAAUCACUGAGAGUUGCCACCAUUCAAUAUAAGAUGUACAAACAUGGUAGGCAUUUGCAGGAUAAAUGGGAGGAAUUGCUGUACUUGGAGAAACGUUUAGAACAAUUAAGAAUAAUGAAAGCUGUUGUUCAAAAUACCAUUUUGUUGAAACCGUUGACUGAUAUCCAAGCAGUUGUUUCUGGUAGUGAUCAAGUCACAGUUUAUUGGCAAAAUAAUUGGCAACAGAAUGUAGAUCUUGUCGUCAAUUAUAAAGUUGAAUGGAGUUUAUGCGAUGACUUCAGCAGUAUUGAAGGAAGUUUGCAAGUAAAUAAUGUUACAAGAAAUGAAUUUGUGAUUUCGACAUUAAAACAUGGUCUACGAUAUUCAGUUCGCGUCAGUGCUGCCACAAUUCGAGGAUAUAGCUAUCCAACCCGAACAACGCCUCCACUGCUUUUAGUUUCAAGUAUAUUACAAAUCUUUAUGAUGCGUUGUAGUUUUCAAAAAAAUAGCAAAGUUUUAAAGUGGAACAGUAUCAAGAAGAAAUCUUGCUCAGAUGAUAUUGCGCAACUUCUUAUGGAUGUUCAGAAAUACCGUUCAUCACCUAUUUGGCAGACUUUAUUUCCCAAGAUAAACGAAACAGACAAAAAGAAAAAAGGAAGUAAAAGUAGUUUUUUCGCUGGUGCUUCACGCUUACCGAAAGUUGUACAAAGCGGUAUAUAUUUGGUUAGUAUCAUUUAUUCAGAAAUGAAAAUUUGCACAAUUGAUGAAUACCUGCCAAUUUUUCUCAUUGAUCACAAUAAAUUUUGUAUCAGCAAAGAAGAGAUGUAUUGGGCCAUGAAAAUGUCUCUGGCUUGGAAUGAAAUGCAGAUUUUUCGUAGAACAGGUAGUUCAGCUUCAUCGAAUUCCUAUUUUCGCAACAAAUUUAUUGAUGCUGCAAUGGAAAUGCAUGCAUUACUUGGAGUCAAUGAUAUUGGCAGGGUUCAUCACGAACCUAUUGUUGAUGAAGUGAAUUCAGUCUCCUUCAUCCUUACUAUUCGUUUUGCUAAUGGAAUAGAAGUUUGUCAGAGUUUAGCAACAAAAUGGUUGCCAUUGCAUAAGGUAGCUCGCAAACGUGGAGGAAUUUAUCAAGCGAUUGAUAUUUUGUGGGACGAGAUUUCUAGGAUUUUAAGUUUUUUCGAAUCUUCGUACUUAUCGCUUCAAAAAGGACUAUAUAUGUUCUAUAUGAAACUCCACUCAUCUUUGAAUUCUGUAAAUGUUUUAGUGCGUCAGAAGAUGCCGUCAGUACUUCCAUACACCUUAAUAAGAGAAAAUCCACAUAUAACGAAGGAAGAAUGGGACUGGUUACGAUUGUUGGAAAUAAAUGCUUUCAUCCUGCCAACGCCUAUACAGUUUAGAUUUCAUAAAGCGCUACUUAAAGCAGCGAAUCGCUUACUUCAAGAUCUCGAAGUUGACGUAGAUCUUAUUCCAGAUCAACGGCUAUAUCGUUUACAAGUGUUUACUCUACGAUUUGGUGUUUCCUUCAUCAUUUUAAGUGAUUACUGUCUUUCUCUGAGCUCAAGUAUAUAUUUGUCACUUUUACAGUUAUUUCCCAAAGUUGAAGAUGUAUGUACUGCACCAAGAAGCUCGUCAAUCAAACUCUUACCUAUAGAAAAAGGUUGCAUCCCACUUCCGCUACAAGUGUUUGAGAUAAUUCAUUAUUGUACUUAUGAUGCGAGUUUCAUUAGCAAUUGUUGUCGUCUCUCCCUCUUUAUCGAACAUUUUUCAACGUUAGUUCAGUACGAACAACGGAGCAGCCUGCUUGAAAAAGACAUUGUUGUUUAUGCUGGUGUGCUAACAAAACUCGAUGAGUUCCAACAAAGACUAGAAACCAUAUGCAAAUCAAUGAGAUGGAUUGGUGAUAUUGUUUCUAUCGCGCGUGACGAGCAAGCUAAAUGCGCUAUAUCACUAGCACACUUAUUAUUCGUUUGUAAUAUUAUUGAAAACAAGGAUUGCAAUGAAGAAUGUAGAAAGAAUGACACAAUGACUCAAACUGGAAUCUUGCGUCCUCGCCUGGAGUCAAAAUCCGACACUCCACCAACCAAUAUAUUCCCACAACUAUGGCUCGACAAUCGUCCUGUAUCACUGAAAUCUUCACCUAAAACAAAGGUUAUCAAAGUCAACAUUGCAUAUCAAUCAGGUCCUACAUGUGGCUCCUCGGUACGGGUACAGGUGGCUCCAACAACUACAGCAAGCGAAGUCGUUGCUCUGGUCAUUAGACAGCUACCAGUCACAGCCAGGACAUCCGAAGAGACUUCUGAUUCUGAAGAUUUUUGUCUGUCAUCAGUGGUAGGCUGCAGAGAACGUAGAUUACGAGACGACUUCCCACUCAUCCAAUUACAAAAACCGUGGUCAGAUGGCCGUCUGUUCGUAAGACGCCAGGAUAGCAUACUGGCAGCUUUACAACAAGGUAAUGAAGCAACAAUUUAA